AUGUAUUGGGUCGUUUGGAAAGUCAUUUCGUUUUUUCCCGACAGAGGAUUUAAUUUACGCCAGUGCCAGAACUGGUUUGCAAAAUUUCGAUCCGGCAAUUUUGAUGUUGAAGAUGCACCACGUUCUGGAAAGCCAGUUACAGCUAAUAAAGACACGAUAACGGCAUUAGUUGAUGCAAAUCGGCAAAUAAUAACACUUGAAAUCGGUGAAAAGUUAAAUUUAUCAAAUUCCACUAUUUAUGACCACUUGAAAGGCCUGGGUUUAACCCCGAAGCUCGAUAUAUGGGUUCCCCAUGUUCUCACGUUGAGGAAUUUGUGUCGUCGCGUUGACGUCUGUGAUUCGCUUCUCAAACGUCGCGAAAAUGAUCCAUUUUUGAAGCGCAUCAUUACUGGGGACGAAAAAUGGGUUGUAUAUAACAAUGUCAAACGCAAGAGAUCAUGGACCAAAAAAGAUGAACCGGCUCAAAGCAUUUCCAAAGUCAAUAUCCAUCAAAAAAAGCUGGAUAAACUGAAUGAUGCACUUCAACAGAAAAGGCCAGAAUUAAUCAACAGAAAAAGUAUAGUGUUCUACCAAGAUAAUGCGCGACCUCAUACAAGUUUGGUCUCUCGCCAAAAGCUUUUACAGCUUGAAUGGGAUACAAUGCCACAUCCACCAUAUUCUCCAGAUCUGACAGCUUCGGAUUAUUAUUUGUUCUGGUCACUGCAAAAUUUUUUAGACGGUGAAACCUUCACUUCAAAUGAGAAGGUCAAAAAUCACCUCGAUCAGUUUUUUGCCAGCAAAGACUAA